GACAAGGCUCGUUCCUGUGUGUUUUCUCUUUGCCACGCCUCCUGUGCUGUGGUUUCCUGUCUUUUGUAAGUUGCUGAAUGUUUUGUUCCCGGUGUGAAUGAGGAAGCGGGGUAAGGAAUGAAUGUGUGGAACCGGGUUGGGUGAGGCUGCAGCAUUCACUGGAUCCCUGAGUCACAACACUCUGAGAAACCUUUUCCAGGGAAUUUACUUUGAGGAACUCUUUCUGCAGUGACCAGGAGCAGACUGCAUCUCCACAGUCAGCUUCAUGAGAAUGCAGGUGGAUCCUGUUUACGAUACCCCUGAGACUCUCUCCGCUCAGCUACCCUCACACAAACCCUCCCUCAGCAAAGUCAGCAUCUUGGACCGUCUGAUCUUCACCCACUCUGUCUGGCUUCAACUCACCAUGAACUCCGCAACCUCCCUGCACAUUCUCCAACGAGAAAAUCCGGGGAUCUUCCUGGUGCGGAAGUCAGCGACGUCCCAGAAGAAAGUCCUGUCCGUCAGGCUGUCCGACGAUUCUGACCCCUCCUUUGUGCAUGACUUUAUCAUCAACGAGGAUCCCAGCAAUGCCACUUUUUCCUUGGAAGGAUCCGGAGUGACAUUUGGAGAUAUCUUCCAUCUCAUCUCUUUUUAUUGUGUGAGCAGGGAUGUUUUGCCGUUCACCCUGAAUCUCCCUCUCGCCAUCGCCAACGCUCGUUCACACAAAAAACUCAAGACCAUCUCCCACCUGGGGAUAGGUGAGUAACUGGGUU